AUGGCAGUUGGUACUGUCCUCGUAACCGGAGGAACCGGAUACAUUGGAUCCUUCACGGCCCUCACGCUUCUCCAAAAUGGCUACGAUGUCGUCAUUGUCGACAACCUCUACAACUCCUCGGAGGUUGCCAUUGAUCGCAUUGAGCUCCUCUGCGGACGGCGCCCAGCGUUUCACAAGGUCGACGUGACCGAUGAGACCGCACUCGAUGCCGUGUUCAAGAAGCACCCUGCCAUCAAUAGUGUUAUUCACUUCGCUGCUCUCAAGGCCGUCGGUGAGUCUGGUGAGAUCCCUCUCGAGUACUACCGCGUCAACGUCGGCGGCACCAUCGCCCUCCUCAGCGCCAUGUCCAAACACAACGUCACCAACAUCGUCUUCUCCUCCUCGGCAACAGUCUACGGAGACGUCACGCGCUUCCCCAACAUGAUCCCGAUUCCAGAGACAUGUCCCAUUGGCCCCACAAAUACUUACGGUCGCACGAAAUCCGUCGUCGAGAUGGUCAUCACCGAUCACAUCGAGGCGCAGAGGAAUAGGCUCAAGAAACAGGGCAAGUCGGUUGAGCACUGGAAUGCGGCGCUGUUACGCUACUUCAAUCCUUGCGGGGCGCAUCCGAGCGGGAUCAUGGGAGAGGAUCCGCAGGGUGUACCGUACAAUUUGCUUCCCUUGCUUGGAAAGGUGGCAACGGGUGAAAGGGAACAAUUGUUGGUGUUCGGCGAUGACUACCCUUCUCGAGACGGCACCGCCAUCCGGGACUACAUCCACGUCAUCGACCUCGCAAGAGGCCACAUCGCCGCCCUCAAGUACCUCCAUGAGCAGCACCCGGGCGUCAAAGCCAUCAACCUCGGCUCAGGUCGCGGAAGCACCGUCUUCGAAAUCAUCAAAGCCUUCAGCACCGUCGUCGGUCGCGACCUGCCCUACAAAGUCGUCGAGCGGAGACAAGGCGACGUCCUCGACCUGACGGCCGAUCCCCAGCUCGCGAAUGAGAUCCUGAGCUGGAAGACCGAGCUUACGAUGGAGCAGGCAUGUGCGGAUCUGUGGAAGUGGGUUGAGAAUAAUCCUAAGGGGUAUAGGCAGGAUCCUCCUCCUGAGCUACUGAAGGCAUUGAGGAAGUAA